CGUGCGUGCGUGCGUGCGUGCGUGUUGUGCGACGAAAGUGUCAUCGCAGUUUUCACGAGCGAUAAAACGCCAGGAAAUUAACAGCGAACCAUCCUGAUAAGUUGGCGUGCGCGCGCGUGCCGGGAAAACAAUGGGAAUCGCGCAAAGCCGCAGAGGAGACACGACCGACGGCGGAACCAACGCCGGCGAUCAUAAAAGGGGGAACGGCACCACUCCUCAGCAUUACUCCUCUCAGCACAGUCCAGGAUCCGGCAUGGGGACCUUAGGUGGGCCCCACAACAGAGCUGGGAGCCUCCGAGGCCCUCCGCCCAGGCUCCCGAUGCCCGACGCCGCCGAGCUGGAAAGCCGCUUCGCCAAAGUCCUGGCUUCCAUGGAUUUGCCGCCAGACAAAGCUAAGCUGCUGAAACAGUACGACGACGAAAAGAAAUGGGACAUCAUAUGCGAUCAGUUGAGGGUGCAGGCAAAGGAUCCACCCUCCCAUUAUUUGACCAAGUUGAGAACUUAUCUGGAUCCAAAAGCUUCUCGAAGUCAUCGAACGUAUCGUUUCCUUAUCUUCUUUCAGAAGCGAAAAAUGGUCGGGGAAUCAACGUCGACGCAAGUUCUACGGGAUUUAGAAAUCUCGUUAAGAACAAAUCACAUAGAAUGGGUGAGAGAAUUUUUGGACGAAGAAAAUCAAGGCCUUGAUGCUCUCAUCGAUUAUCUUAGCUUCAGAUUACUCAUGAUGAGGCACGAGCGUUUGAUAGAAUCCAGAACGGAGUCCGAGGAGAGGUUGCAUGGUGCAGGCAUCGGAGACACUUCUACCCUAAAUAAUGGCUGUCUCAGGCCACCCCUUUAUGACCUUAAAGAUAGCCCAGGAGUUAAACGGCGGACGCGACAUGUCGCUCGGUUAAACAUGGGGGAAGCGAAGGACGAUAUACACGUUUGCAUACUUUGCAUGCGUGCGAUUAUGAACAACAAGUAUGGAUUUAAUAUGGUAAUUCAACACAAGGAAGCAAUAAACUGCAUAGCUCUCAGCUUGAUACACAAAAGCUUGAGAACGAAAGCUCUAGUGCUGGAACUUUUGGCAGCAAUUUGUCUGGUCAAAGGUGGUCACGAAAUAAUACUCUCAGCAUUCGAUAAUUUUAAGGACGUCUGCUCUGAAAGACGAAGAUUCAAUACACUCAUGACGUAUUUUACCCAAUACGAUAACUUUCGUGUUGAAUUUAUGGUCGCUUGUAUGCAGUUCGUUAAUAUCGUUGUUCACUCUGUCGAGGAUAUGAACUUCAGGGUCCAUCUUCAGUAUGAAUUUACAAAACUCGGUCUUGAUGAUUAUUUAGAAAAACUUAGGCACACGGAAAGCGAAGAAUUGCAGGUUCAAAUCUCCGCUUAUCUAGACAAUGUAUUCGACGUAGCUGCACUCAUGGAAGACAGCGAGACCAAGACUGCCGCUUUAGAAAAAGUCGCAGAACUAGAGGAUGAGCUCGGACAUGCUCAUGAUAGGAUGGCAGAAUUGGAGCGUGAAUCGCUGGCUAAACUAGCCGAUCUGGAGACUGAGCUGGGAGCAACUAAAAUAGAGUAUUCGGAUGCUGUCGAGGCACGUAGAAUAGCAGAAGAGGAAUUAGCCGCCCUUAGAAGGCAGAGGCAAGAUUCUGCGCGACGACAGAGCGUCCUUGAGAAUAAAAUUAUCGAACUUGAAACGCUGACUGGAACUCUGACCAAAGGGUCGACAAUCGCUAGUCUUGGAAAUGGGUUGACGUCUACGUCUGCCGAUGAUGUUCUCACGUCAACCUCGAGUCCGGCAUCUUCUCCCCAAGUUUCUGAAAUACCUCUACCUGCCCCUGCACCUCCACCGCCACCACCUCCGCCUUGUCCUCCACCUCCUCCCAUGGUUCCCUUUUCUCCUGGUGACCAUAAAGCAGCACCUCCGGUUCCCGUUCCACCGCCUCCUGCAGGCAUGAUGCCAGCGCCAGAUGGAGCCAUGACGAUCAAGCGCAAGGUGCAAACAAAGUACAAACUUCCAACGCUUAAUUGGGUGGCUUUGAAGCCGAACCAAGUUAGAGGUACUAUUUUCAACGAGCUCGACGACGAUCGGCUUCACAACUGUAUAGACUUCUCUGAUUUUGAAGAAAGAUUUAAAAUCGGCAUGCGUGGACCGGUUUCGAAUGGCAACAGCGAAAUGGACGGUCUACAAAGUCAACCAAGCAAGAGAUUCAAGAAACCUGAAAACAUCUCGUUGCUCGAGCACACGAGAUUACGUAAUAUUGCAAUAUCGAGAAGAAAAAUGGAAAUGCCAGUCGACAAGGUGAUCACUGCUGUAAAUAGUCUUGAUUUAAAAGUGCUGUCCCUUGAAAACGUAGAGCUACUUCAACGGAUGGUGCCGACAGAUCAAGAGAUAAAGGCAUACCGCGAAUAUAUUUGCGAAAAAAAGAAUGUGAACCUCCUAACAGAAGAAGACAAAUUCUUGAUGCAACUUGGAAAAGUGGAGAGGAUAUCAACGAAAUUGUCAAUAAUGAACUAUAUUGGAAAUUUCUUUGACAAUUUGCAUCUAAUUACACCGCAAAUUCACGCUGUCAUAUCUGCGUCAAGUUCAGUAAAGAGUUCGAAAAAGUUGAGGGCUGUGUUGGAAAUAAUUCUUGCCUUUGGAAAUUAUUUAAACAGUAGUAAACGAGGUCCGGCUUACGGAUUCAAACUCCAAAGCUUAGACACUUUGUUGGAUACUAAAUCAACGGAUAAACGAAUGUGCUUGUUGCACUACAUCGUUGCUACGAUACGACUGAAGUUCCCCGAACUCAUAAACUUUGAAUCCGAAUUAAUGUACAUCGACAAGGCUGCCACGGUAUCCAUAGAAAACAUCACAACCGACGUACACGAGUUGGAGAAAAGUAUGGACUUGGUAAGAAAGGAAUACGAGCUGCGUGGUAAGGAAAAACACAACACGGUAUUGCGAGAUUUCUUGAGCAAUUCCGAGGAAAAAUUGCGCAGAUUAAAACUCGACGCUCGUACGGCCGGCGAAACGUUUCGCGAGUGUGUCGAAUUCUUCGGCGAAAGUCCAAGGCAGGCUGAUGCCAACACAUUCUUCUCGCUACUGGUCAGAUUCGCUAGAGCAUUUAAAGCUGCGGAUCAAGAAAACGAACAGCGUCGAAGGUUGGAGGCUGCUGCGGCAGAAGCUUUGAAUACAUCUGAGGAAGUUUUUAAGAGAAAUAAACUGAAUCAAAAGAAACAGCAGGACGCUGUGAUAAAUGAACUGAAAAAUAAGACGCGACUAGUUCAAGAAAAGAAAUUGCUCCAACAAGACGAAGUCUACAAUGGAGCACUCGAAGAUAUUCUGCUUGGUCUUCGAUCGGAACCUUAUCGCAGAGCUGAUGCCGUUCGACGUAGUCAACGGCGGCGGAUCGACAAUCACCGAUUGUCCCGUACCGCUGAGGAAUUGGAACUGUAAUUAAGCAAUUUUAUGGAAAGAAAAAUCUUCCGUUUGUUGGUUUCAUUAGUUUUUCGAUUUUUUUUUACUUCAAAAAACUUACAGUGACGUAUUUAUUUUUAUUUUUGAUCAGGGCUCUACGAAUAGCUAGAAAUUAUGGCAAGAUUGAAUUUAGUUUAUUUCCGUUAAUAAG